AUGCCGACUUCUCGCAGCAGCGGACCGCCUGCUUACAGCAAAAGGCCCUCUGUUCGCGGUAGUGUGCACCGUCGGUGGCCUCCACCACCUUGUGCCGAGGAAGAACCUGCCUCUCUUGCCAAAGAACUACAUGGCCUGUCGCAGCUCAGCGAGAACCCCGGUGUCGAGGGUGCUCGUGAAAGAGGUACUGUUGACCAGUACCCUGUUAUUUUGGGGCUGAGCAUCUCUCCAACAGCUUCCCCACCCAGUGUACCCAACGUUCCUGGGUUGGGGAAUGUUUCUUCAGACGACAGCUCCGGACCAGUCACACCUUCACCACCACCACCACCAGUUCCAGAGCCUCCUCUUCGCAAAGUCCCGGGACCUCGAUCACAACCAACCCUCCAGACCAGACCUCCACCUCCAUCAGAUUCAUCUACAUCCAGCAAAAGUCGGGGUCGACCUCAAGCCCAUGUUCAUCAACAAUUUGGCGGUGAUUCACAAGCUCCACGUCAGCCACGACCCCGAUCACCUUCUCGAGACCGCAUUUCCAAGGAAGAAGCGCCAGUGUUCAUUGCUCCACACAAUUCUCGGAAGGAUGUUCCGGAACCAACUCGCGUUCGAGGGCCCGUGUAUGAAAGGGUUCCUGUGAAUACAGGAAAGCCAUCGAUUGGAAGAUCCAAGAGUGCCCGAUACGCAGCCUCAGUCCAGCGACCAGUACCGAGUCAACGUCAACGAGAAUCCAGCUCAGGAUACCUCUCUGACUCGGCUACCAUUCGCAGCAAGAGUUCCAACCCAGCUGUCGCUACUGCGCAAGCUACACCUCCCAGUACACAGUCCAACGGACCUACUAUUGCUGAGAGGCUCGAGGAGAAACUACGACUUCGUCAAGAAAUGCGAGAGCGACGCCAGGAGCGCCGCGAGGCAGGUUCCUUGUCAGACAUGGAGACGCGCCCCAGUGUGUCUUUUGUGAAGCCUAUCGUCACAGCAACAGAGAAUUCGCUCCCAGGGCCAGCAUCUCAGAUACCUCCUCGGGAUCUUGAUCGUGCUCCAGCAGCCAGACCCAUGGAGCGACUACCUGCUACACGUCCGAGGACGACCUCGGUGUCUUCUGUUGCGCCACCACCGCCUCGAUCGGUCUCGAAAACGCGCAUGACGGGAAGAUCUAUGUCAUCCGAUGAUGCUCCGCAGAGCACCCGAAAGUCUUCUCGACCACCACCAUCUGUCAAAUUUCAAGAGAAGCAUAUAUCAAAGCGUAGCUUAUCUCAAUCUGCGACAAGCCGGCAGCCGAGCCCACCACAACGGCCUUCUCCUACCGUUGGGCUGUGUCUCAUUCCAUGCCCUCGUUCUACUCCAGUGGCUGGCCACAAGGACUGGUACACCCUCAAAGGACUCACUCAUUUGGACGUCUGCCCAAGCUGCAUGAGCCAGGUCGGAAACUCUCGUUUCCGUGACUUCUUCAUUCCAAGCCUUCCUAAGCCACAAAGCCAAGCCGUUCGCUGCGCCUUCUCUAACCCUUGGACUCGCUUGGCCUGGGCGCAGAUGAUCAAAAAGAAACACGAUAGUCUGGAGAUGCUUUACCAGAUGACACGGCCACCCCCAGGAACUCGUCCCUGCCCAGGUCGUAUUGUCACCGAUCAAACUUGGCAUCGCGUUGUCGACCCAGAUACAGGCUUGUAUCUGCCGCGCUUUCAUAUCUGUGGCACCUGCGCCCGAAACGUUCGGGUCCUGAUGCCGGCACACCGUGAUACUUUCCAGCACUGCCCUGAACCACAGGAGCGUGUCUGCGACUUUGUCACACAUAGUCCGCGCUUUAUUCAAUUCAUUGACCUCCUCGACUGCGCUGCUUCGCGGGCCGAAUCGGAUCCGUCGCGUCGUCCUGACCUACGUGAAUUCCUCGCCUACGCCCGUCGCAAGGUCGUUUUGCGUGACUGUCGCCGUGACAGACCAACUAUGAGCACCUGGCACUAUAUUCCGUCUCUGCCAGAACUGACUGUCUGCGAGGACUGCUACGACGAAGUUGUCUGGCCUCUCGCAAAGAAAGAGCACGCAAUUGCACGCAUGUUCUCUACCUCAAUGCAUCUGCUUCCUGGCGAUGGUCCCAAUCGUUGCCGCGACGCAAGCUGCCAGUUGUAUUCGGCCCGAAUGCGGGCCCGCUUCCGCGAUGCCUCUACAAAGGCGGAUUUCCCCGGACUGAAAAAUAUUGCGUUGCGACGAUUUGAGGCUGAGCAGCGAUUCAAGGAUCGGAGAGAGGAGUUGCUUACGGCGGAGAAAAAGGGGUAUGAUUGCGCCGCUGAGAUGAAGAAGGCCAUUGACGAAUGGAGACGAUGGGAAUAG